CUUUGGUGAGGAUCUCAUUUGUAGCGUUUAUAGGCUACAAAAGAACAAAGAAAAAAGAAAAAGGAGAUUGUUUCCAAUCUUGCGCGGUGGGAGGGGAGAUGUGUGCAGUGAAACGGGAGAAGCAGGAGAGGAAGAAGAAAACAGAAGAAGAAGAAGAAGAAGAGGAGGGAAAAGUAGGAAAUCUCUGCAACCCCUGGAGUCUCAUUCAGCACCACUCGCUACUGGACAGCGUCUGAGCAGCAGGAGAUUUGUUCAAACCUCGAGUCUGGGAGUAACACCGCAUCUGCACAGGGCACCUUAUUCCCACCACAAUUAACAACACUUAGUAAUUCACACCGACGUUUUCACUCCCCACACCUGUCUUUUUUUUCUUUAGAAUUAUUAUUAUUUCCUCCGUGUGGCGCGUUUGGAAAGCAGCGUUCAAACAGCAGGCGAGUGCUGAGUGGAGCCGGCGCUGCCAAACACAGACGCAGGAAGAAAAAGAGAAACAAACUGGAAAGCAUCAGAGAUCGCAGAAGUUCAUUUCCCCCCUCUUUGGGCUCACUUAUAUCAGGAGUAUUUCAAGGAGCCUGCUGCUGAACCCACUGGGUCAGCUCAUGACUUUCUGCCUGCUUGAAGGACCAAGAGGAGCGCUAAAUGCACUGGAGUGAACCGGGAGAAGCAGAGAAGAGAGGCUAACUUCCCACUUUGAUUCUUGCCUAAUGAGAAAGCUCUCUGUGGACUCGGUCUCAGCUCACCCUUGUGCUGUUUAUUGUCGCAUGUAGCCACUACUCUCAGGUGCUGAAAAAGAGUAAAACACAAAGAAGGAAAGAAGAAAGAAGGAGAGAUAAAGAGAGCGAGGCGGCAUAAUUAUUACUGAGUUUGUGUCAGAGCUAGAAACCAUGAGAAGGGACUACUGAAGACGACUGCUCUGAAAAAACAUUGCGGCUACCCUUCAGAACAUUUGUGUGUGUGUGUUUGUGUGGGUAUAUGUGCGCACGCCGCUUUUGUUUUCAAAGGACUUGAGCUUGUAUUUGGAUGCGGAUUUAGCCUUUCAUUAUGACUCUGAGAGGAGGCUUUGAGAGAGCGUGGAUUGGCUGCAACAGAGGUGUCUGCUGCUGGGUGUUGCUGCUGGCUUGUUAUUUCUCGAUCGCCUUGGCAGCCAAACCCAAAAUGCCAGGCCACACACACCUCAAUUCAAUUCGCAUCGAUGGGGACAUAUCUCUGGGUGGGCUGUUCCCAGUGCAUGCGAGGGGAAACGAUGGCAAAGCCUGUGGGGAGCUGAAGAAGGAGAAGGGGAUCCAUAGGCUGGAGGCCAUGUUAUUUGCCCUGGAUCGUAUCAAUAAUGACAAUGAGCUGCUGCCUAAUAUCACUCUGGGGGCGCGCAUUCUGGACACCUGCUCCCGGGACACCCAUGCUCUGGAGCAGUCGCUGACAUUUGUUCAGGCGCUGAUUGAGAAAGACUCAACUGAUGUCAAGUGUCUCAGCGGAGGGCCGCCCAUCAUCACUAAGCCUGAGAGAGUGGUGGGAGUGAUUGGUGCAUCUGCCAGCUCCGUGUCAAUCAUGGUAGCCAACAUUUUGCGUCUCUUCAAGAUCCCUCAGGUGAGCUACGCCUCCACAGCUCCGGAGCUAAGUGACAACACCAGAUACGACUUCUUCUCCCGGGUGGUGCCCCCGGACACCUACCAGGCCCAGGCCAUGGUGGACAUCGUCAAAGCCAUGCGCUGGAACUACGUCUCCACUGUCGCCUCCGAGGGAAACUAUGGAGAAAGUGGUGUUGAUGCUUUUAUUCAAAAGUCUCGGGAGGACGGUGGUCUGUGCAUUUCCCAAUCUGUGAAAAUACCACGUGAACCAAGAACUGGAGAGUUUGACAAGAUCAUUCGCAGGCUGAGCGAGAACCCUAACGCCCGAGUCGUAAUUAUAUUUGCCAACGAGGAUGACAUCAGGCGGCUCCUUCAUGCAGCUAAGAAGGCCAAUCAAACGGGCCACUUCAUCUGGGUGGGUUCAGACAGCUGGGGCUCCAAAAUCUCCCCAAUACUGAACCAGGAAGAAAUGGCAGAAGGUGCCGUCACCAUCCUCCCCAAACGACAAUCCAUAAAAGGUUUUGAUCGCUACUUCAUCAGCCGAACACUCGAGAACAACAGAAGGAAUAUCUGGUUUGCAGAGUUCUGGGAGAAUAACUUCCAAUGCAAGCUCAGUCGGCACGCUGUGAAGAAGGGAUCCGGCAUCAAGAAAUGCACAAACCAUGAGCGGAUCGGGAAGGACUCAUCCUACGAACAAGAAGGGAAGGUUCAGUUUGUGAUUGACGCAGUUUAUGCCACGGCCCAUGCUCUACAUAACAUGCACAAAGAUCUCUGCGCUGGAAAGGUUGGCCUCUGCUCCAUGAUGGAAACCAUCAACGGCACACUGCUGCUCAAGUACAUCCGCAAUGUCAACUUCACAGGAAUUGCAGGCACUCCGGUGAUCUUCAACGUGAAUGGAGACGCUCCUGGUCGCUAUGAAAUCUACCAAUACCAGAUCACAAAUAACAUGACCGAAUACAAGAUCAUCGGUCACUGGACAGAUCAGCUCUACUUAAACACCAAUGGGAUGCAGUGGCCUGGUGCAACACAAGAAGUCCCCUCCUCCAUAUGCAGCCAACCCUGCCGCCCUGGGCAGCGCAAGAAGACAGUGAAGGGAAUUCCAUGUUGUUGGCACUGCGAGAAUUGUGAUGGUUACCAGUAUCAGGCAGACACUUUCUCCUGCAAGAUGUGCCGCUUUGAUUUGCGGCCUAACCAUAACCACACUGGCUGCGAUCCCAUUCCCAUUGUCAAGCUGGAGUGGAGCUCCCCAUGGGCAGUCAUCCCUGUCCUCAUCGCUGUCCUGGGCAUAAUGGCUACUCUGUUUGUGGUCGGCAGCUUUAUACGCUACAACGACACACCCAUUGUUAAGGCAUCAGGUCGAGAACUGAGCUAUGUGCUGUUGACGGGUAUUUUUCUCUGCUAUGCUACAACAUUCCUCAUGAUCUCCACUCCUGAUGUGGUUAUAUGCUCCCUGCGAAGGAUUUUCCUGGGCCUGGGAAUGAGUAUAAGCUAUGCAGCACUGCUGACCAAGACAAAUCGGAUCUACAGGAUUUUUGAGCAGGGCAAGAUGUCGGUCAGUGCCCCUCGAUUCAUCUCCCCGGCCUCCCAGUUAGUCAUCACAUUCAGCCUGAUAUCAGUUCAGCUCCUUGGAGUGUGCAUCUGGUUUGGUGUCGACCCAUCACAAGCCAUCAUCGACUAUGAGGAUCAGCGUACAGCCAAUCCUAAAAUGGCCCGUGGUGUUCUGAAAUGUGACAUAUCAGACCUCUCCCUCAUCUGUCUGCUGGGUUAUAGCAUGCUGCUGAUGGUCACCUGCACAGUUUACGCCAUAAAGACCAGAGGGGUUCCCGAGACAUUCAACGAGGCCAAGCCCAUUGGCUUCACCAUGUACACCACCUGCAUUGUGUGGCUUGCCUUCAUCCCCAUCUUCUUUGGGACCUCACAAUCAGCAGAAAAGAUGUAUAUCCAGACCACAACCCUGACCAUCUCCGUAAGCCUCAGUGCGUCGGUCUCUCUAGGAAUGCUCUACAUGCCCAAGGUCUACGUGGUUCUCUUCCACCCGGAGCAAAACGUACCCAAGCGCAAGCGCAGCCUGAAGGCUGUAGUCACUGCAGCCACUAUGUCCAACAAGUUCAACCCCAAAGGCGGCCUGAGGCCCAAUGGAGAGGCGAAGUCUGAGCUCUGUGAAAGUCUUGAAACACAAGCGUUGGCUUCCAAGCAGACAUACAUAAGCUACAGUAACCAUGCCAUCUAAGCCAGAGACAAACAGUGGAAGCGGAGCCAGGGCCUGCCUGAGGAGACAUCACCUGAUUGUGGGGAAUACUGGGGAUAUACUGGAGGACUUCCAAGUUGCUACGGCGGAGGAGGACUGGGGUGGAAAGAUGGGAAUUUGUCACUCCAUGAAUAGAAAGGUUGCCAUGUUUUUCUAGAGAAUCAGGUGAAGGCUUGAAUGCCAAAUUUAUGAGAAAUUAGUAGAUUUACAGGAGAGAGAUGGGCGAUGUAAAGGGAGAUUGGACAGUUAAUUUUCCUCUUCCCACCCUUUCUGAGACGCAAGUGAGCAGUGACGUUUCCAGAUGCAGGCCGAGUCAACCACCUUGGAGUCUACAGUAUGUUUUCCUUCUGAAGUGUAAAGCACACAAUUCCCAUUAUCUCCGAGGCUGAAUCUUUUGUCACAUUUCAACAAAAACGGGGCGAAAAAGUGUUCCGUUUUUGCUCAAUUCAAAUGCAGUAGACAAGAAGAAACAGUAUAAAAGUAGAAUCAUUAUUUUUGGUUACUGGUAUUAUUAAGGUUGAAAGCUGCAGUACUCUUCAAAUACAGGUACAUGCCUUACUACAGUACAUUCAGUAUUCCUACAUGAACUAACCUUAUCUGAAACACCUGAAAAUAAAAAGCAGUGGGUCAUCCCAGUUUCUUUUUUUUAAUUUUGUUUUUAUAAAUGUUUCAUAAUAGUGAUGAAGAUGAUGAUGAGGAUGAUGAUGAUAUCAUCUUGGCAAACCUAGUGUACAGUCCCAGAGCAUGCGUGUGGGAGCAUCACAUGUACUGUGCUGUGUUGUCAACGUCUUUGGAAUGCAACAUUUGUUCAUGGUUGUCAUUCACAGUGGAGAUGUCAUUUUGGACCAUUACCCACUGGGCUACUGCAGAAUAAAGAGUCAUUUCAAACAGUGCAACUAAAAAGGGGAAUUGCCAUGGAACACCUUCAUUAGUUUACACCGCACUCCAUACAUGUCAACCAGGACUUAAAGACUUGUCGAAGCAUACAUUCCAACAUCCCAGAUUUAUUGGCCUUUAUUUAUCAUGCGCUUGUUGAAGCCUUCGCUAAUUUAAGCACUUGGAAGAUUAUGAGAAUUCAUGUUUCCUUCCAUCCCAGCUAACAUUAAAUAUUCUUGACUAAUAAUAAACACUUGUGUUUGGCAUUCCCCUCCAAAAAAAAAUGACACCGACUGUCCCAUAUUAUCCUGUGUUAUUAUUAUUAUCCUAUUUGUGUAUUCCUAUUUUUAGAGAUAUAUUAAAAAUAUAUUCUUAAUUUUUAUAGCAGACAAAAGUACUCAUAUAGCUAGUAUAUUCUGUCCCUAAUCACUUGAUUUGUAAAGGAAUAAAAACAGUCAGUCUGCUGUCAUACCAGAUCAAUUAUUCUUAAAGCGUAACGUUACAAUAUGAUAGAUUACAUAAGACAGUGUUACAUAAGGGGUUUCUGAUGGACGCACAUAUAAACUGUGUUCCUUGCAAAAGAUUUUGAGGCUAAAGUGGAAAUGAUUAAUGAAAGUUUUAAUAGUAUUUUGGGUACAGAAUUAGGCUCAUGCAGUUAAUCAGCAUGAAGUCCCAUUUGGAGAAGGUGCAAGCUCAGUUCCAUCAAACGGCAUAAAUGUUCAAAGAUAAUUCGGUGGAUGACAAGCAUAGGAUUUCCUAAACAGGGCUUUACCUUUCCACACACCCAAUACGAUCGUUUUGAGGCCGAGCACUAUAGCGCCAUUUAAAUAUUCUCUAGAGAAUAGUAUUUUGGUAAUUGCCAGAGUUUUACAUAUAAAUACAUUAAAUCGCGUGAUUUAGUCAAAACAGACUUUGUUACAGUAAACACAUAGUGUAGUGUAGAGAAUCAAAUCAAGUCUACAGCUCUACUCCGCUUCAUUCAUCUUUGAUUUUCUACAGAGUUGAUAAUGACUGAUGAUUCUGUCUAACAUUAAUUGAUUUUCACAGUAAUAUUGGCAAACUCAUUUGAGAUGAAACGUGGGGGAUGUUCUGACGCUUGAUAAAUAAAAGGCCAGUGCCUUCAUUCUGUGCCUCAUACCCAUUGAACUACUCCCGUCAUCGUUUCCAUGGAUCCUUCAUGGUGUCGUUUGCUUUGCAUCCAUUACCUUUCAAGUGGAUUCUGUUCAAACAUGGGAGGUAGAGAGGUCUCAAUGUACAAUCUAUAUUUAAAUGUGUAAACUCCAUCUCUGUCUCCAGUCUCUAAAGUAUUUUUCAUGAACAGUGACUCUGGAAUUUGUCUCAUUAAAUGUUAUCCUCAGCGAUGCAAAAAUAUGUAUGUUGCAUGUCAAAACUCAUAAUAAGUCAUGUGAACAACUUGAGAGAAAAGGUGUAAAGACCCGACGGUAAACUACUGCAGAGGAUUAUAAAUAACUAAUAUUUUUGGUUUAAUCAAUGAUUCUCUCAGCUUCAUCAAAAGUCUACGGUGUUGCCGCAAAUGUUUUCUCAUCAGCUGAUAAAGUAUUGUUUGUGGGAUUGUUUGUGUUUGUGAAUAUGAUCAUUUACUGCUUUUUCGCCACAACCCCCCCCCCUCCCAGUUUAUUUUUCUAAAACACUCUGUCCGUGUAACAAAAUAGAAUAUGUAAGUGCUGACUGACAUUAGGUGGCAAGUUAAUGUACGUUAUUAAAAUGGAUUGAUCAUGUCUGCUUUAUGUACUGAAUUAUAAAAAAAAAGAAAAAAAAAAAAAAAGAAUUACAGUGCCUGGAUAUUUAUGAAUUAUCUAUAGAGAAAAAAAAA